CUGACGGUCUGCGCUCUUUCUGUUUCAUGAACCCAAUCGCACCCACUUCCGUUUUUCCCAAUAUGGCGCCGCGCACUGGCUUACCUGUCUGUCAGAACGAACGGCUCAAUAGAGCGGCUUGGUGCAGUCACGUUUGCGUCAUCGGAGGAGGGAGGGGCAAAUACACCAUGGAGUGUGUUGGAGAGACAGAAUGUACUCUGUGUGAAAAAAAGGUUUCAAAAGCACAGCGCUGCAAAGGGGCCCAGCCUAAGGAUAAGAUUGGGUACCCAAGCACGGCUAAAAUCUCCAAAACCGCACCAGGUUGGGAAGGGACUGCUGUUGUUGACGGGCAAUUUAAAACAAUCAAACUGGCGGAUUAUCUUGGGAAAUACUUAAUUCUCCUCUUCUAUCCACUGGAUUUCACAUUUGUCUGUCCCACGGAAAUCACGGCCUUCAGUGACCGCGUUGAAGACUUCCGUGCCAUCAGCACUGAGAUUGUGGCCUGCUCUGUGGACUCACCGGUUGCUCACAUGGCCUGGACCAGCACACCCAGGGAACAGGGGGGACUGGGGCCUGUGACGUUCCCCUUGUUGUCAGAUGUAACGCAUCAAAUAUCUAAGGACUACGGGGUGUAUUUGGAAGAACAUGGUCACACACUAAGAGGUCUGUUCAUCAUCGAUGGAAAAGGGGUUCUGAGGCAGCUGACUAUCGAUGACCCUCCCGUUGGGCGCUCUGUGGACGAGACGCUGCGGCUGGUACAAGCCCUCCAGCACACGGACGAGCACGGGGAAGUGUGUCCUGCAGGCUGGAAACCGGGCAGUAAAACGAUAAAGCCUGAGGAAGCUCGGAGAGAGUGGUGGCCAAGAGAGGAGUUGUAAAUGACACAUCACUUUGGGAAGCUAAUGUUUUGUGAACAGUGGCGAACCGGAAGCAAGACACAGCUCCUCGUUUUAAACAUUGAAAAAUUACAUAUAAAGUUAACAAAUAAUGCC